UCGUCAUUCUCCCGAGACGGCCGCAUUGGAUGCCCAUUCUCUCUCUGUCCAAAGAAACUCCAAUUCUUCCAGCCAAAAAGAGAGAGAAAAAGUGGGAAAGAAAGAGAAAAGGUUUGGUUUUUGGAGGACCUCUUGGUCUCUCCUCGUCGCUGGGGUUCUUUGUUCUUGUAGUGGUAGUAGCCACUUGCUUGAGUAAAGAAAAAGAGAAAAAAAAAGCAUGGUUCUUGCGGCAUCAUCCUCUUGGUAGCCCUCGUUUAGGCGGCGUUGCUGUCUGUCUGUCUGUGAGAGUGAGGCUUAAUCCGUCCAGAAAUGAGGAAGCAUGGGUGGCAGCUGCCUUACCAUCCUCUCCAGGUGGUGGCGAUAGCGGUGUUCUUGGCAUUGGGAUUUGCCUUCUACGUCUUCUUCGUGCCGUUCGUGGGGAGGAAGGCGUUCCAGUAUGUAGCUAUGGUUCUCUACACUCCCCUGAUUACAUCUGUUGUCGUGUUAUACAUUUGGUGUGCUGCUACAAAUCCUGGUGACCCUGGCAUUUUCAAGUCGGCAGAGCAUCCAAAAUUGAAGGAUGGAAGGCGAUCCCAGAAAAAUUCAGAUCAUGGGUUAAGUCAAGGAGGAAAGAUGUCAAGUGAUGGUUUUAAUGCUGUAGAUAACAGCGAGAAAUUGAGCAGCAUGCUUGAGCAAAAUGAUUCACAUUCCUGGCCCACAUUUUCUGAAAUACUUUGUUUCCCCUUUUCCUGCCUUUGCAAAAGAUGCUUCCAUGCGGAUAAUCAGUCAUCUGAACAGCACAUGAGUGAAGAAGGAAUGUUCUUCUGCAGCUUGUGUGAAGCAGAGGUCCUGAAGAACAGUAAGCAUUGCAGAGUAUGUGACAAGUGUGUUGAUGGCUUUGAUCACCAUUGCAGAUGGCUCAACAAUUGCAUAGGGAAAAGGAACUACAAAGGUUUCUUCCUUCUAAUGACUUCUGCUGUACUCCUUCUUGUAAUGCAGUGGCUGUCAGGAGCCCUUGUGCUGAUUCUCUGCAUUGUGGAUCGAGGGGAGUUCUCCAGACAGAUUGUCUCCAAGUUAGGAAGUAGCUUCUCAACUGUAGUGUUUAUAAUUGUUGUGGCCACCUGUACCGUACUAGCAAUGAUUGCAACUAUACCACUUGCUCAGCUUUUGUGUUUCCAUAUUCUUCUUAUCAAGAAGGGAAUUAGUACGUAUGAUUACAUCAUAGCUUUAAGAGAGCAAGAGGAGGAUCAACAAGAAGAGACUGCUGGGCACCAAAGUCCGCAGAUGUCUAUUAUUAGCUCUGUUACUGGAUUUAGCACUGCAAGUUCUUUUGGUCCACUUCAUCGUGGUUCAUGGUGCACUCCACCACGAUUGUUCCUUGAAGAUCAGUUUGAUGUCAUCCCUCCAGAGAUUGGCAUGCUGCAGAACUCUGGGAGUAAGAAAACAAAGGAAGAUGAAGGAGCAAGGCGAAGAACUGGGACAGUAAAAAUCAGUCCUUGGACACUGGCACGCCUUAAUGCAGAGGAAGUGUCAAGGGCAGCUGCACAGGCAAAGAAGAAAUCCAAAAUUCUGAAGCCAAUUGCAAGACACGAUGUUCCAAUCGGCCAUGACAUAAACAUUGGUGGUAAACUAGUUCCCAAGGCUGACAACAACAGAAGACCUGAUAAAAGGGGACGAUUCCCAGCCGAACUUUCCCUCGACCCCCUUACAAGACUAUCUGCAAGUGGUACUGAAAGCAACGUCAGUGACACAGCAAUAGAAACAUCUGGGAAUCUAGCCCCAUUGCAGUUCGAAGCGAGGAGCGCAUUCCAACCGAGUGCUGCGGCAUCCACAAGAAAUGCCGCCUCAUCCCCAGAAAGCAGCUUCGACUCGCCUGAUCUUCACCCGUUCCGCCUUUCCUCGUGCACAGCUGAUGAGAUGCAGGGAGCGAUCCCGCAUCCAGCUCAGAGUGGUAUCAAGUUUUCGAGAUCGACAAGCGAUGGGUAUGAAGCAUCAGGAGGCGAGGACAGCGAUCGCAUCCCGUCGAGAAUUGUUCACAGAUCGUCGAACUGGGCCAACGCCAUCUUGAGCUCAGGUCAGGGAGGAGGCCCUGCAGCUGAUCCCAACAUGCCAUCAUCUGAAGGGUAACUCUACCACCGGCCAGAAGGUCGAGCUAGUCAGAUAUGACUUGAUUCCAGGCCAUAUGAGCUGCAUGGUGCUGGCUCCUGGAGAAUGCAGUAUACAGCAGAGCAAUGAUGUUGGCAACACAUUGGUGGUUAGUUUAGAGUUUAGGAGUAGCUUUGCUGGUGAUUGGUGCCAAGUUCGUUUCAUGUUAAAUUAAAGCAUGCGAAACUGCAAUUCUGUUGCUUAGUUUUUGGCUGUCAGGCAUUCUCUUGUGUCCCAGCAAAUGUGAACCUGAGAUUCGUUGCGCUCAUUUGAGAUCAGUACAGCAUUCUGUCCGUUUAAUGGCCU